AUGCCGGUAGCUUCAGUUGGGGAUUUGGAUGUAUUCAAUCUCCUCAACCAACAAAUAAUGAUUCUCAAUCAAAAGGUGGAUAGCAUUAGUUCGGGGGUAGCACCCAUUGGAGAGCCUCAACCGACCGUUGAAAAUGUGAAUUACAUCCAUCAAGGAGGAAACCAAAGAAAUUUCAACAAUUAUCGCCCUAACAAUGGCAGUGGUAAUUAUAAAGGCUAUCGUUCACCCCUCAAUGCGCAUCCAAACCUCUCAUAUGGAAAUCCAAGUAAUGCUAUCCAACCACCUCUACCUCCCGGAUUUGGAGCAUCGAAUGGGGCCACCAAUGUACCUAGCCCCUCAAGAUCUUCGAGUGAUGUCACAAAUGAGCUUCUAAAAUCUCUCAUGAAGAAGACCGAUGGGAUCAUGACACACUCUACUAUGAGGAUUGAUAAAGUUGAGACAGCGGUAAUGGAGGUCAAUACAAGAUUGGGGGCCUUAGAGCACCAAAGGAGUGGGACUAGCUAUGAGAGCCCUCUUAUGCCCGAGGUGGAAGCUAAGGAAGUGCCAGAAGAGGAGAUAGAGGUGCAGUCACCUAAUAUGCCAUCCGAGGUUCAAUCCGAGACAAUUGUUCUACCUAAGCCAGAGGAAGUCAAAAUUCCUUUCCCUCAAGUGGUGCAGAAGAAGAAGUUAGAUGAGAAGUUUGCAAAAUUCCUUGAGAUCUUCAAGAGGGUGCACCUCAAUAUUCCUCUUAUUGAGGCUCUCCAACAAAUGCCCGACUAUCUCAAGUUUUUGAAGGAGAUUAUGUCCAAGAAGAAGAAGUUGCUUGAUUAUGAAACCGUGAGCUUGACCGAGAAUUGUAGUGCAAUCAUCCAACAAAAGAUGCCGGCAAAGAUGAAGGAUCCGGGGAGCUUCAAUAUUUCUUGUGUGAUCGGGAAUGAUAGGCAAACCAAGGCCUUAUGUGAUUUGGGGGCAAGCAUAAAUCCCAUGCCCCUAAGUUUCUUCCGGAAAUUGAAAUUUGGUGUCUUGAAGCCGACUACCAUCACCCUUCAAAUGGCGGAUAAAUCCAUCAAGUUCCCUAAUGGAGUCCUCGAGAAUGUCUUAGUGAGGGUGAAUGAUUUUAUCUUCCCCAUGGACUUUGUUGUCUUGGAUAUGAAGGAAGAUCUAAAUGUUCCUCUCAUCCUUGGAAGACCCUUCCUUGCAACCGGGAAAUCACUAAUUGAUGUCACUAAGGGAGAACUCACCCUUAGGCAUGUAAACAAGACCGUCAUCCUCUCUAUGUUGGACAAGAUGAAACGACAUGAAAUGGAAGAAUCCAAGAGAGUGGAAGAGGUGCCCUUGAAAGUUGAAGAUUGCAAGCUGAUACAAGUGACACAUGAGAAAGCUAAGGAUGAUGAGGUUGAGAAACUUUUGGAGGGGAUAUUUAUGGUUGUUUAA